GCCGUCGCUACGUAGUCGCAAAAGCUCCGAGCUUUUAACAUUUCCCCAUUCGCAAGUCGGCGACAAUUUACCAUCCCACGCCCGCGUUUGUACAUACGGCUAGCAUACAAGAUUCCAACUCAGCAAGUAGGAAUUUAUUUAUUUACAAUUUAAUUUCUUAUUGCUUAUUUGGGGUUCUGACGAGGUGUCACCCAUCGCACAAGCUGCAUUCGGCGAAUCAACUCGCUGCGCACGAGUCACAUUUGGACAGCGAAGCAGGGGACCAUAUAUUCUCGAAUAUCCCACCUAAAUAUCACUCCUGAGCAAGCCUCUCUUUUCCUUCCACACCGAGGGCUCGACGGCGGGGGAGCUGAGUAUUAACACCAACCAUGCCUCAACCUCUAAGCUCGAAAGAGAACUCUCUCUUUCGACAGGUCAUUCGCAAUUAUGAAGAUAAGCAGUACAAGAGGGGGUUGAAGGCUGCCGAGCAGAUCCUCAAGAAGAACCCCAAACAUGGAGACACAAUGGCAAUGAAGGCUUUGAUCAUCAACCAACAGGGGAAGACCGAAGAAGCAUUCGCGUUGGGAAAGGAAGCUCUGACAGCCGAUAUGAAGUCCCAUAUAUGCUGGCACGUUUACGGAUUACUAUACCGUCACCAGAAGAACUUCGAGGAGGCUAUUAAGGCUUACAAAUUUGCUCUAAAGCUAGAACCCGAGUCCCACCAGAUUCAGAGAGACCUUGCAUUCCUCCAGAUUCAGAUGCGCGACUAUCAGGGCUACAUACAAAGUCGAACUGCCAUGCUCCAAGCUAGGCCCCAGUUGAGACAGAACUGGACAGCCCUUGCGGUUGCUCAUCACCUAGCCGGUAACCUUUCUCAGGCCGAAAAGGUACUAACCACUUACGAAGAUUCUUUGAAAGUGCCGCCAUCCAAGACGGAUUACGAGAACUCGGAGGCUGUUAUGUAUAAGAAUUCCAUCAUAGCUGAGAUGCAAGACUAUCAAAGAGCUUUAGACCAUCUCGAAUCUGUCGCCAAGACCAACCUCGAUCGUCUAGCCGUAUUGGAGCUUCGCGCAGAAUAUCUAUCGAAGCUCGGUAAGAAAGAGGAGGCGGCCAAUGCUUACCGCGCCCUACUUGAUCGCAACCCGGAGCAUCCCGAAUACUAUACCAAGCUCGUGGAGGUGUUAGGUAUUGGUGCUGACGGUACCGCUCAAAAGACUAUAUAUGACGAAUAUGCCAAAAAGAACCCGCGCUGCGACGCUGCCAAGCGGUUGCCCCUAGAUUUCCUUGUCGGCGACGAUUUUCGGGAAGCAGCCCGCGGCUAUCUAACCCUGAUGUUAGACAAAGGAGUACCUUCGACGUUUGCAAACCUCAAGCAUCUUUAUGUAGAUCAGUCCAAGAGAGAUAUACUUGGAUCGCUGGCGCAUGAAUAUCUCGAGUCGAAGAAAGCUUCCUCCGAGGGAAGCAAACCGGCAGAUGAGGACUCGCUUAAUGGAGAACCCGCCGCAUUAUACUACCUCGCCCAGCACUAUAAUUACCAUCUGAGCCGUGAUCUGGCGAAGGCAAUGGAGUACGUGAACAAGGGAAUCGAGUUACUACCUAAGAACGUCGAAUUCCAUAUGACAAAGGCCAGGAUAUGGAAGCACUACGGCAAUACUCGGAAGGCUUCCGAGACUAUGGACGAAGCACGUAAACUCGACCUCAAGGACCGUUACAUAAACACGAAGGCAGCUAAGUACCAGCUGCGGAAUGACGAGAAUGAAACUGCGCUGAAGACAAUGGGUCUUUUCACGAGGAAUGAUUCACCCGGCGGUCCUCUAAAUGAUCUGCUAGAUAUGCAAAGCGUCUGGUACCUAACAGAAGAUGGAGAGGCGUGGGUACGCAACGGGAACAUAGGGUUAGCCCUGAAGCGAUUCCAUGCCGUCUACAACAUCUUUGAUGUCUGGCAAGAAGACCAAUUUGAUUUCCAUAGCUUUUCUCUCCGAAAGGGGCAAAUACGCGCGUACGUAGACAUGGUCAGGUGGGAGGACCGCCUCCGCGAGCAUCCUUUCUACACCCGCGCCGCUCUUGGGGCUAUAGCGAUUUACGUCAGUAUAUACGACCGUAGCCAGGCAACGAACGGCGUAAAUGGCUCCGGGGACGCCAAUGGGGAUGAAGCCGCCGAGAAGAAAAAGGCGGCUAAGAAGGCCAGGAAGGAGGCGCAGAAGGCCGAGCGAGAAGCAGCUGAGAGAGCCGCCAAGCAAGAUCCUAAUAAGUCCAAGGGAGCCGCAGCCGAGCCCGUUAAAAAGGACGACGACCCUCACGGAUUUAAGCUUGCCGCUACGACUGAGCCAUUAGCUGAGGCCACGAAAUUCCUCGCGCCUAUUCUUCAGUUCAGUCCGAAGUACAUCGAUGGGCAAAUCGCUGGGUUUGAGGUGUUUAUUAGGAGAGAAAAAUACCUUCUUGCCCUUCGAUGCCUGAAUGCCGCAUUGGCCCUUGAUCCAGACCACCCCACAGUUCACGAGCAAGUCGUAAGAUUCCGUCAAGCUCUAGAUUCAAAGAUCGAAUCACUACCCCCUAAGGUAGCUGAAGUGUUAAAGUCGAAAUUUACUGUCAUGGAUGCCACGUCAGAUCUGAAGCAGUUCAACGCCAGCUUCCGGGAGAAGCAUAAGGACAGCCCAUCCCACGCCAUCUCCACCGUUAAAACAGAAAGGCUCCUAGGAGAAGAUAAAUGUAAGACGGAAAAAGAUCUCGCCGCAGUGCUUAACUUGAAGGAAGUCAAUUAUGAACAUGCCGAAGAAGUUUUAGCCAUUUUAAGGCAGUGGCGCAGUCCUGAAGCAGAUGCUUUCAAGGCGGCCGCUCAUGAAAAGUGGCCGGAAGUGACAAGCUUUGCGUAAUAGCGUCUCGAUGAGAACUGGCCAAACUAGCUUAGGUACCUACACACUAGUCACAGUAUCCCUCAUCUAGGUUCAAAAGUACGAGGCGGAAAAUUUGAGGGGGGCAGUAUCGCAUUGCAUCUUAUUCUCGGCAGGGCAAAAACGCAUGAUGAGUAAGGUUGCAUACUGCAUUGUUCAUUUGCUUCUUUUAACGGACUGGGGGCUUUUUGACUCGGAGCCUAGUCGGUGAUGAAGACAUGAAAGUUUCGGAGAAUGGAAGGAAAAGCAGUAGAUUUUCUACCUAGGUAUAAGAAACAUCGAAGAUGGAAAAGAAAGGAAAAAGUAUGUAUGAAGAGGCGCCUUGUCUUAUUUUCUCGGUUGCUGUGCUACUUAGCCACGUAAAUGGUUCUGGUGAUUAAGAAUAGUAGACAUAAUGGGGUAAUAGGUCACCUCAUUGGCUGUAUUUCGCCGCUCUCCUGACGACAUUGAAAUAAGGCCCAGUGAAAUGUUUAAGAUGAGUUAGACUUUUCAGAUCAGACUUCUCUUACGAAAUAGCAUGGUGUUUAUUGACAUAUACAAUAUCUCUUACUGCCUCUUGCUAUUGAAGGGAACAGGGGCUCUUUUCCCUGACCUGUGAAGAGGAUACGCCCCUUCGUUUCUAUAAUCUAUAAUAGGUACCUAUGACACACAUGUCACCUAAUCAAGGUCUCGGCGUAACAAG